CAAAAACAAAGACAAUCUGUAAAUUUUUCUAUUAUUUUUAUGAUUAUUAGUUGUACUUUACUGUAGUAAAAUGUGUUAUUAUUUUAUAGUUGUAUGUAUGUAUUUUGUUUGUUCGAUUUUGCACUGUAAAAAUGCUAUUGUAUAAUUAUUGUAAUAUGUAAGUUAUAUUUCACCGUAAAAAAUGUUAUGUUAUUGUACAGUAGUUCAAUUUCUUGCUUGCAUGUAUAUAAUUUUGUAUUGACUGAAUACACUGUUCUAAAUGCUAAUAGAGGGUGAUAUUUUGGUUCCAUUACACCUUGCCUCUGUCAAGUGCAAGGCUGUGUAUGUAGAGAAAAUGAAGGCAUUCGUCAAAGACUGUGAGUGGUGCAAUAACUUACUGUUAGGUGUGUUUGGAGAGGAGCAGGCCUCUCUUCUGCGCUGCAAACUCCAAGGAGAAAAGAGCAAAGAACACAUGAAGGUUUUGAAGGAAGUCUUGCCAGACUUCCUGAGAUGUGCCGAAAAGGAAUACAAGACCUGGAAACGGUCGUUUUUCAGGACAGAUGAUGAGGGGAACCAAGUACCAGUGUUCGAUGAGUCUAUGAUCAGUGACUUUGUCUACGGUUUGGAGGGAUACUUAGGGCAGAGGUGUAAAGCAAUGUACGCCAAGCUUCACCCAGCUCCUGCCAAAGCCAGAGCUGCGCCUGCAGCUGCGCCUGCUGCAGCUGCUGAACAACAGGUCGCCGCAGACGGAGACGGUGGAGCUGUUGCUGUUGUAACGAAGAAGAGGAAAUACGGCACGAGGGGGUCGGCUCCUCGACCUCCACGCCUUGUGCCCCGACAACAACCUCCUCAGCCUCGUCAACCACCCCUGCAGCACAAGCCGGCGCACCAUCCCCCGCAGCACCCCCCCCCCCUCCCUCUCGCACGACAGCUUGAGCCGCUGCACCACAACGACGGCUCUGAACAACCACCCUGGAUGGCCACUGCAGGACCCUCCAACCAGGGGCUGGCCGUGCAGGUGGAGAACCCGUUGGCUGCCGCCAUUUCCUUCUCUACCAACUUAAGUAAUAAAUAAAUUUUUAUUCAUACUUUUUGCUCAUCACUUAUGGACGCCCCCUACCCCAAAAUAACACAAUUUAUGGACGCACCCUACACGGGAGAAUUCUUUACACAUUCAAGACGAUUUGAACAAGAUUCUCAAACAAUUUGUAAUAGUUUCCUACGGGAUUCUUAAACUGCGUCAAUGGCAUUCGCAUAGGAAAAGA